AUGCCAAGGAACGGCACAUGUAUGAUGAAUCAAAUGCUGGCAGAAUCAAAGCCAGUCGAGGAAUUGGGCGACGAAACGGCGCCAGCGCAUCCGGUGAGUGAUGUUCAAACCAUCCGGCUGCUCCGUCACCACGCUAAGCGAAGUUCAGAAUUUAACACACUUCCUUUCUGGCUCUCAAAGGAGGAUGUCAAGCGGCAAAUGAUAGCCAAGCAGGAAGCCGAAUCCAUGCAUAAGAUAAACACAGCAGUGCAGCUGGCGAAGCAAGAAGCAGCGGUGCGAAAGGAAGAGGAAGAGAAAGAGAGGAGAGAACAAGUCUGGCAAGAGCGCUACCAAGGUCUAGCACGUGAGGAAGCGAUGGCGAGGGACGGACGUCACCGGGAAGAGCUCGAUCGCUUGUACUCCAAACUGAAUGCUCUGCAGACUGGCACCUUCAAGUUAUUGGGGGAUGAUCUGAUUGUGAAUCAGAUGCGCCGGCUGAAUCAACUCCUCGACAACUGGGUCAAAGUCAACUUCAAAGAUGUGGCAAAGAUAAAACCAGAAUCGAUUGAGGCAGACGGGCAGCUCAACGCGCCCCAGCGACGGGCCUGGGUUCAUGCCACUGCCGCCAGUCUUAUCCAUGCUGAGAUAUUUGAACCCUACCACUUCUGGUUGCCUGAAAACCCUCUGGGAGAUUUUCUGUCUAAGAUAGAACUCAACGUCCGAGACAACUGUUCAGAGAUUGAGCUCAAUGUGUGGAGGAUGGCUACAAGCGUGGCAAUCCAGGCGGGCUCAGGUCGUCGAUGCGAGCGUGUGAUCAGCCGCACCGUCCGGAACGCUGAAAGAAUACUCGCGGAUUUUUCUUCCACUCAAGAAGAACAAAGACAGGGCCAGCUUCGAGGACUGCUGUGGAAAUGCGCGGAUCUCAGGCAUGCUUUGAGCCAGCAGAAACAACGGUUCUUCUUCUGCUGCAGUCCACUGGGAGUGAUGUUUGACCCUCAGUCUAUGAUUUUUGGUGGAGGCGAUGAGGAACCAGCCUCUAUAGUUCGAUGGUCUUUGUGGCCGGCAAUCAUGAAGAGGGUUGACAAGCGCAGUUCUGUUGUGGAGCCAGAAUUAGUCUGGACAAUGGAGUCAUGAGAAACAAUUCCACUCCGAUGGGGGAGUGCAUUGCGUCGAACUUGCUAACGGACAGAUUUGCUGAAGGUGAUCCAUUUUGGCUAUGGCUCGCUUGAGUUGAAGUUCUAUUGGCCUCGCACGCCCGCGAAAAG